UGACAUCAUUCUCAGACAUCUGCCCAUAGUAACUAAAGAGACACUAGAGAGAGAUGCCUUAUAUGUUACAUGCAGCAGCAGAGGGAGGAAGAAGAGCCAGAUCGAUGAGCCCAGCCUAGUCUCCAGAGAGCAGCUUCAGAAGAAGCCCAAACAACGGUAGCGGUCACGAUGGAACUGGGGCCACUGUGUGUCGUCUUGAUCUUUUUGGGGAAUGUAUUGGCUGUGGAUGACCAGUACAGUAGAGCCGUGGAUUGGCUGAGCAGAUAUGGCUACCUCCCACCCCCAGACCCUCGCACCAGCAAACUGCAAACAAAAGAGGGCAUAGAAAAGGCCAUCCAGGUUAUGCAGAGAUUUGGAGGUGUCCCAGAAACAGGCGUUCUUGAUGAGAAGACUCUGAAGCUCAUGUCCACUCCUCGCUGCUCCCUGCCUGAUAUCAUGAGCAGUGAAGACAUGAUGAAGAAGAAGAGGAGGAGGAGGAAGAGAUAUGCACUGUCAGGCCUCAAGUGGCACAAAACAGAGCUCACAUGGAGCGUCCAUAGUUACCCAUCACCGGCCACAUCGCCCCAAAUGGGGCCCGGGUUGGUUGAUAACAUCUUGACCCGUGCAUUAAAAGCCUGGAGUGACGCAGCCCCUUUGCGUUUCCAGCGGGUGCCCAGUGAGAGCGCAGGUGUACCAGCAGGGGGGGAUAUCAGAAUAUCUUUUGCGAAGUUGUUACAUGACGACGGGUAUCCUUUUGAUGGAGAAGGUGGGACCCUAGCACACGCCUUCUUCCCCAGCGGGGACGAGGUGGCAGGCGAUACCCACUUUGACGAUCAUGAAAGCUGGAGCUUCAGAGGGAACAGCAGCAGCUCCAUAGACUUGUUCACUGUUGCGGUGCAUGAGUUCGGGCAUGCUCUUGGUCUGUCCCACUCCUCCUCUGAUCCCUCCAUAAUGCGCCCAUAUUACCAGGGUCCCGUGGAGGAUCUUCUCAAGUAUCAUCUGGCCCUGGAUGAUAAGAUGGCCAUUCAACAGCUUUAUGGUGUGCAAGAUGAUAAAUCAGCAGACAAACCUGAUUUACCACUGCCCAGUCCACCUCCACCAAGACCAACAAAGCAUUUCGACACAUCUUUUCUGAAACGGUGCCAGGGAGGAUUUGAUGCUGUGGCCAAUAUCAGAGGAGAAGUUUUCUUUUUUAAAGGUGAUGAAUUUUGGAGGACCAAACGUGAUGGCUCAUUGAUCUCCCUCAAUCCCUCUCGAAUCAGAAACUUUUGGAUGGGUCUGCCCCCGGGGUCUUACAAGAUUGAUUCUGUGUAUGAGCGAAAGGCUGACAGUCGUAUUGUCUUCUUUAUUGGGUCUCAGUACUGGGUUUUCAAGGACACAGAGGUGAUGAGUGGCUACCCAAAGCCUUUAUCUGACUGGGGCAUGAAGACUAAAAAAGGGCAGCCAGUGGACAAGGUGGAGGCAGCGUUUAUCUGGGACCAUAAUGGGAAGACGUACCUGUUCAGUGGAGGAGAGUACUGGCGCUUCAGCGAGGUGCGGAGGGAGGGCCAGGUGAACAGAAAACUAGACCCGGACUUCCCUCGAGACAGCAGCGUGUGGAAGGGAGUGCCCACAGACAUGGACGAUAUCAUCAGCUGGGGAGAAGGUGAUACCUACUUCUUUAAGGAUGACCUGUACUGGGUAGUAAAGAGAGGGGGACUGGACAAUGAAGAGGUCACUCCUAAAUCCAUCGGUGUGGAUUGGCUCAGAUGUCCUUCUCCCACUGCGACCCCUGCUCCAGCCAACCCCAGAAACCCGAAAGAAUGCUACUGCAGCGUGAGGAACUCAGCAGGACCUGUACGGGGCAAUCUGUUCCUCUUGCUCACUGCUCUGUUCAUGAUCCACUAGUGUUUAGGAAACCAGUCAAUUUUGAGAUUUUCUCCUUAUUUUUGAUUGUAUAUGAAUGACACUUUUGAGAUAACAGUAGAUCUAAAUUACAUUUUAAUAACUACAGUAAAAGAAAUAGAAAUUACACUUUAACAUUUUAAAUAUAUGUAAAAUUUACAUAUGUAUAUAUGUAUAUGUGUAUAUAUAUAUAUAUAUAUAUAUAUAUAUAUAUAUAUAUAUAUAUAUAUAUAUAUAUAUAUAUAUAUAUAUAUACACACACACACACACACUCAAAAAGAAUCCCACAUUCAUCUGGGAGUGGUACAAUCAUGAGGUCUUUACUUCAGCUCAGUUUAUAUAAAUGUAUGUAAAUUGUGUCUUUCAACAAGGUUAAUCACUCACACCAUUAAAACAGAUGAAUGUAGCAGAUUCUUAUUUUGUUCUACACUGAGGGUUGGGCUCAAGUCAACCCAGGUCACAGACAAUGUACUGUAUGAGCUAAUAAUAAUGACAUCUGCUGGACACAGGACAAUGUUGAGAAAUAUCAGUAAUUAACCAAGAACAAAACAAUCAGAUCAAGAUGUUGACUUAGUCAUACAUAGACUAUAGGAAAGUACUCCACAUUUAAAAUUCAGUGCUGCCAGUAAGUGUUGCAUUCUACAGAUCUUGAAUACCAAAGGAGGCACUUGGAGAAUUGAUGUGUAGUGCAGGUGUGUAUUUUGUAUGUUGUUAGUGAAGUAUUUUGAUUGACAAGUCAAAAUGAAUGUAAUGAAUUAUGUCAAAUGAGAAUGUUUUGUAUGUAGUUCGUCUACGGUCUUAGGGAGACAGACUGGUUUGUUUCCUCUCCACUAUCUUGUACAAAACUAAAUCAAAGCAGAAACUCAUUACAUAUCUCAGCACUCAUCUCACAGACACAGUACAUAUUUUGAUUAUGGGGACCCAGAUUCAUGUUUUAAUUCAGGAGGCAACCUUAGACAGUAUUUAAUCAUAAAAUAAAAAAUAAUAAAGUGUAAGUAAGGACUA